AUGCCAAUCACUUCGAUUAAAGCUCGUCAGAUCUUCGACUCUCGCGGCAACCCCACAGUGGAGGUUGACCUAGUGACUGAGCUGGGGCUUUUCCGAGCGGCUGUACCGUCUGGUGCAUCAACGGGUGUCCAUGAAGCCCUUGAAUUAAGAGACAAUGUGAAGGGUGAAUACCAUGGGAAAGGGGUUCUGACUGCAAUUAAGAACAUCAAUGACAUAAUUGCACCUGAAUUGCUUAAACAAAGCUUUAAUGAAACCCAGCAAAAGGAGAUUGAUCAGUUCAUGAUCAAGCUUGAUGGCACUGAGAAUAAGUCAAAAUUUGGUGCAAAUGCCAUCUUGGGUGUGUCUCUGGCUGUAGCUAAGGCUGGUGCUGCUAAAAAGGGUGUUCCUCUUUACAAGCACAUAGCUGAUUUGGCUGGAAACAAAGACAUUGUUCUUCCAGUUCCUGCCUUUAAUGUCAUUAAUGGUGGAUCACAUGCUGGAAACAAACUUGCCAUGCAGGAGUUCAUGAUUUUGCCCACUGGUGCAUCAUCAUUUAGUGAGGCUAUGCGCAUGGGCUCAGAAAUCUACCACCAUCUGAAGAAAAUCAUCAAAGAAAAAUUUGGCUUAGACUCAACUGCUGUGGGUGAUGAGGGUGGUUUUGCCCCUAACAUUCAGAACAACAAGGACGCUUUGUACCUUAUUCAAGAUGCUAUUCAGCAGGCGGGCUACACUGGAAAGAUUGAAAUUGGUAUGGAUGUAGCAGCAUCAGAAUUUUUCAAGAAUGCAACAUAUGAUCUUGAUUUCAAGAAUCCCAAGUCAAACCCUACUGACUACCUCUCAUCAGAAAAAUUAGCCGAUGUCUACCUUGACUUCAUCAAGGACUUUCCCAUGGUCUCUAUUGAAGACCCCUUUGACCAAGAUGACUGGUCGGCAUGGAGUAACUUCACUGCCCGCACAUCAAUCCAGAUUGUUGGAGACGAUCUUACAGUAACAAACCCAAAACGCAUUGCAACUGCUGUAGAAAAGAAAGCCUGUAACUGUCUUCUCCUGAAGGUCAAUCAAAUUGGUAGUGUCACUGAAUCCAUUGAUGCUCACUUGCUGGCCAAGACUAAUGGAUGGGGCACAAUGGUUUCUCAUAGGUCCGGAGAGACUGAAGACACUUUUAUUGCUGAUCUUGUUGUGGGUCUUUCUACUGGCCAGAUCAAGACAGGUGCUCCAUGCAGAUCUGAGCGUUUGGCCAAGUAUAACCAAAUUCUCCGUAUUGAGGAGGAACUUGGUGCAGCAGCCAAGUAUGCUGGCAAGAACUUCCGCAGACCGGUCUAA